UGGCCAUGCUGAUUUUAUAUUAAUCAAAUGGUUUGACUUAUAUAAGAUCCUAUUAAGUGAUUACAAUUAAAAUAUUCAGGAUUUAGUUGAAUAAUAAACGCCUGCGUUGGAUUUUAAUAUGCCUUUCCGUUACUUCAAAUCAAGUUAUGAUUAUACGAAGAAAAGGAAGGAUUUUGGGCGGCAACCACUGUUUACGUCAGUUCCAGGACACUUACUAGACUCAAUUAACCCUGACAAAGUCCAGCAAAAGUUAUACUGCCUUCGCAAUCCCGUCCAUGUAUCCGUUCAGGCGACACUGUCUCAAUCCCAGCAUGAUUCGAACACCCCGCAAGUUCUUUUUAACGAUCAAGGCAUGAAUCACACGGAAGGUGGCUGGCCGCGUGAGGUGCAUCCAGAUCACGAGGAACUAGUAUUACGACAUUGCCGUCACGUAAAACACGAGGAAAACUAUAUCCAUGCAGUUGACUCCCUGUCUAAACAUAUGGUGCACUGCAUUAACCAAAAUAACGCCGUUAAUUUAUACGAAUCAUAUUUUUCCGAUAUGCUGGCUCAAAAACCUGUGGAGACGUAUCAUAUACGAGAGCAAAAUGUUUUCAGAGACUCCUGGAAACGUCCAGUCUCUUGCAUCUGCUGGACACACGAGCAAGAACCAAAAUUAGCUGUCGCCUACGCUUAUAAAGAAUGGGCCUCAGAUACAAAACCAGAUAUUGAAACUGUUUGCUAUAUAUGGAAUAUUACAAACCAAAGCACUCCCGAGCACGAAAUAAUACCAGAUGUGCCCUGUUGUCAAUUACUGUGUUCACCCGUUGAUCCGCAGGUAUUAGUAGGGGGGCUAAACAAUGGAACUGUGAAUGUUUUUGAUAUUCGCAGCGGCAAAAUAUCUGUUUCUAGCAGCUCCGUUUUCAAUUCUCACAUUGCUCCGGUUUCAGCCAUGCAUUACACGACUUCGAGAACAAACUCUGAAUUCUUUACUGGUUCGCCAGAUGGCUGUUGCUAUUGGUGGGAUUUGCGAGAUCUUUCAAAACCAGUAGACGAGCUGAUUGUGACUCUUAACUUGGCACCGGGGGAGCAACCCCAAUCAACCACAGCUGAAGCCAUCAGUGCUUUAGAUUUUAACGCCGGGUUCCCUACGAAGUUUCUCUGUGGAACCGACUCCGGCCUUGUCAUAACCGUGAAUCGCAUGGGUAGAUCACAUGGAGAAGUUAUGGCAGCACUUUUUAAAGCUCAUCUAGGAGCAGUUCGGACCGUCCAGCGAAGUCCUUGCACGGCGAGAAUGUUUGUCACAUGCGGGGACUACUCUGUCCAAGUGUGGAGUGAGGAAGUCCGAUCAGCUCCCAUAAUAAUAACCAAACCUUAUCGCUACCAGGUUUCCGAUGUUGCUUGGGCUCCUUUUAGAUAUUCCAGUUAUAUGUCUGUUUGCCAAGGAGGUUACAUGUAUUACUGGGACUUUCUUCGUAAAUAUAAAGAGCCCGUAGCUUCAUUGAAAUUGUCGAAAUAUGGACUUACAAAGGUAUCUCCACAUGAAGGUGGCCACCUCAUAGCAGCUGGGGACACCGAUGGUUCUACUUAUUUAACUACAAUCCCCGAAAACAUGGUUGUGCCGGGUAAAGAUGACAAACAUCUUAUGGGUUUAUUAUAUGAGAGAGAAACUAGACGUGAACAUAACUUAGAAGCUCGUCAAAGGGAAAUCAAUUUGAAAAUAAGAAUGCAAGAGCAGCAUGAACAGGCGCCAGCGUCACCGAAGCCAGAAGAUCAAGAGGAUGAAGAGGCGGAGACGGCUGCUGAAGAAGAAUACUUCAGAAUUAUUAAUGAAGAGUUAAGCAAGAUGGAAGACGCGGCUACUGGCACUUUACUGUAAUAAAUAUAUGUACCUAAUG